AUGUAUGUAACCUUAUUAUUUUCUCCCCUUUGUUCCACUGACUUGCUCCGCGCCGGGACGGGACGGGAUGGGACGCGCCUCCCGCCUCGUUGCUUGUCCUUGCUGCGGCUGCGGCCGUGCCGGGAUGGGCCGCGCCAGGCCGCGCCGGGCUGCGUCGGGCCGCGCCACCCGCCUCGCUUGUCCUUGCCGCGGCUGCGGCUGCGCCGGGAUGGGCAGCGCCAGGCCGCGCCGCGCCGCGACGGGCUGCGACGGGCCGCGCCGCCCGCCUCGUUGCUUGUCCUUGCCGCUGCGGCCGCUUGUGUGUUCUUGGCGGCGGCGGGCCAGUCCGGUGGUGACAGCGGCGGCGGCGCCACAAGUGGCGGCAUUUGCCGCAGAUUGCCCUCACCUCGCCGCCUCCGCCCGCCUCUGCCUCGCUUGCUUGCCUUGCCAGGGCAGGGCCUGUUGUUUGAUUCUAAAGAUGGCCGCCGCUGCACCCGAAAAAAACGCUGCAGACAAGAAAGGUUCUCCCAGUGCCAAGUCCAAGCACCUUUCGUUGUACCACAUGGAGACAGAGAUGGGGAGGAGGUUGGAGAUGUUCCCUUGAACAGGAUGAAGGGAGGGGCAUUGGCUGCGAAUGCUUCCUCCCCUGAAGCGCUAGGAAUGGCUGUCCUCACUUGGUUUCAGGCCCAGGGGAAGCGUAUAUUUAUAUUUCUUUUUCCUUUCUCAGGUGCUUCAAGCGCUGUGUACAAACGAUGGAUUCCAAACACCAAUUUUGAAAACACUUCCAACUGGGAUCAUGGCCGAGUUCCUUGCGCCACCGAUGUCAUCCUUUUUGGGAGCAAUAAGGUUGUGUCAGUCUUUGUCCAGUCAUCCCACUCCUUAACAGACAUGUUCAUCCCUCUGAAUGGAGAAUUCAUUAUGGCCCCCGGUGCUGGGUUUGCAGCUUUCGAAGGCAGCUACAAUCCAGGAUGUGAGACAGCCUCCAAAGUCACAUUUACCAGUGCAGAUAAUUACCAGUGGUAUGACCCCACAUUGUGGCAGGCAGCAACCUCCUGGGACAACCUAGAUCAGGGCAAGUCGAUCUUCACCGUGGAUGAAGAACGUGUCCCAUGCCAAUACGACGAUGUUAUCUUUCGGCCCGAAACGUCCUUCCGAGUGAACAUCGAGUCACCUGAGCAGAUGAUACAGCUUCGGAGCAUUUCUAUAACGGGGCAGAAGUUCACCAGUGACAGCGCCCUGGCAGAAUACAUGCAGAGCUCGUCUGCAAAGCUACAGUUCCAUGGGCAGGGGACAUUCCAGUUGUUGAACACCAGGUGUCCAGACAAAUCUGGCUGUGAAUGUGGAAAUGCUGCGGUCCGUGACAGAAUCUGUGCUGCCUUGCUCCAGAAUUCCGGGAAUCAAUGCCCAGCAGCUGUGUGCAAGGACCCACUGAAACCCAUCGGUCAUUGCUGUGAAAUAUGUGGAGCCACCAUCUCCUUGAAAUACUCUGAUGGUUUUGACAUUGAGCUGUACCGGGACAGAAUACUCCACACUUUUCUGAGUCUGCCCAAGAAUGCAGGUGUUCAAGUGGCCAUAUCAAAGGUGCACGAACCACAGACUUUCCUGGGAAUCGUACCGCGCAGCUCCAUCUCAUUCAUCCAGAUUGUGCUAGUUGACAACAGGACCGGGUCACAGAUUGGGACUCGCGCCGAACAGCUGGCUAAAGACAUCAUGAGGGACAUAGCCGAGCACGGAGAAUCCUUCAGCAUUGUGGCGGGCAUUUUGCAAGCGGCCACCGGCAGUAACUGGAGCACUCAAGGAGCAGGCAGCCCUGCGGGUAGCGUGAUUGCUGUGACGGUUGUCAGUCUCCUCCUUAUCCUAUUGCUGUUGGGAAUUGGCCUGCUGCUUUACAGGAAAGGGACAUUAAGAUCUCUCCCAUCUGUGCAUUUUACCUCCUUGUGGAACCGAAAAAGGGAUGUGGAACCUGCGGGAGAAACAAGCGAAAAAGGGUUUGAUAACCCCAUAUUCGAUACACCAUCCAAUCCAGUGGCUUUUGCCGGUGUGUGUUCUGUGGAAGAGGCGCUGGAGGAGAUGGCAAGCAAAAAUAGCCAGCUUUAUUACAUUAAUCCUUUGUAUGAUGAAACAGAACUUAGUGCUUAA